AUGGCAUGGUGCAAUUCAGGCAGUCGAAACAUGAAUAGCUAUGCAAAAAGUGGGUAUGAUCGGAUUGGGUCAUUUAAAGCAUUGUUCCGCACUGAAUCAAAGACACCAAGGUGGAGAUUAUUGUGGCGGAAGAUGUUGAAGGAAAAGAGGAAGAUUUUUGACUGUUCAUCGUCGGCUCAGGUUUAUCAUACUUACGAUCCUUAUACGUACUCUCAGAAUUUUGAUCAUGGCUUGGUGAUGUCCAACCCUGAUGACAGCUCCCGGUCUUUCUCGGCUAGGUUUGCUGUUCCUUCCAGGAUUUUUGAGAAGGGUGGAUCGUAUAAUAUUGGAACUUUGAAAGUCUCUUCUUGUUCAUCAUCUUGUGGUCUCUAG